CCAAACAGAGCAACUCUUUCUCUCUCUACCAUCUUUCUGUCGCCUUUUUCUUUCUGCCCGUGUGCUUAACUUUUUCGCUUUUCCAGUUCAGCCGAAUUCUUUCUUUGCAGCAGCAGGUACUACUCCUCCUUCAUUUCUCCAACCCCCAGAAAAUCAACUCGAUCGCAGCAGCGAUAUGGAAUCAGACUACCAGCGUCUGUUCAUUGAAGAAACCUCUUUCUACAAUCGCAUUGUUCUUCAAACGCUGCUUCCAAACUGGAUAUGGGAAUCUCUACCUCACUUCUGUCAAACAUGGCUCAGAAAUUACAUUUCUGCUACCAUCGUUUACUUCCUCUCUGGCUUUCUAUGGUGUUUCUAUAUAUACUAUCUCAAACGCAACAUCUAUCUCUCUAAAGAUUCAAUCCCUAGUAACAAGGCAAUGCUCUUACAAAUGGGUAUUGUGAUAAAGGCCAUGCCAUGGUACUCGGCUUUUCCAACAAUAUCCGAGUAUCUAGUUGAGAAUGGUUGGACCAAAUGUUUCCCAAGAGCAUCCGACAUCGGUUGGAAAUCCUAUAUCUUCAAUUUCGCGAUUUAUCUUAUCAUCGUCGAGGUUGGAGUUUAUUGGGUGCAUAGAUUGUUGCACGAUGUUAAACCACUUUAUAAAUACCUUCACUCAAUCCACCACGUCUACAACAAGCAAAACACAUUGUCUCCUUUCGCAAGUCUAGCAUUCCAUCCUCUCGACGGGAUUUUGCAGGGUAUGCCACACGUGGUGGCCUUGUUUAUAGUGCCAAUUCAGUUCUCGGUUCACAUUCUCCUCAUAUUUCUCGAGGCUGUUUGGACAACAAACAUUCACGAUUGUGUAAACUUGAAACAUUGGCCUGUGAUGGGAUCGGGAUAUCAUACCAUUCACCAUAUAACUUAUAAACACAAUUAUGGUCAUUUUACGGUAUGGAUGGAUUGGGUGUUUGGAACGCUUCUUCACCCUAAGGAUGAUUACAACGAGAGCGAAGAACAUGAAGAGUAAGAGGAUCGAAGAAGAAGAGUUUAUAAAUAAUGUUUGUUGUUAGCUAGAAGGGAAGUUAUUUUAUUAUAAGUUAAGGACAUCAUAUAUUAUAUAUAUAGUUGUUACUUAUUGUUGGUCUUUGUCUUUGUGGGUUUUAAUUAUGAUAUCUAUAAGAGGAUUAAUUAAUAUAGGAGAUCAAUAUUUUUUAUUAAAUAGACUUAAUUAAAGUUGGCAAAAGAUUGGUUGAGCUUACGAGAGGAUAUGGGUUCUUCCAUGUUUGUAUAUUCGAUUGUCAAUUUCUUCA